AUGACAGCUGCUGUAGCAACCAGCAACAUGGACUCGCUCGAAAAGAGCCUCUGCGACUUUUCCGGAUCCACCCCACUGGACCAGCGAUUCCGCUCGCUCUUCACCAUCAAGGGACUCGCUGCCACUUCGGAUCAGCACAUGCAACGCGCCAUCUCGAUCAUCUCACAAGCGUUCUCGGACGACUCGGCGCUUCUCAAGCAUGAGCUGGCCUACGUCCUUGGUCAGCUCGAGGAUGUGCGUGCGCUGCCCACGCUCAAGCGUGUGCUCGAGGACCUUGCUCAAGAUGCUAUGGUCAGGCAUGAAGCUGCCGAGGCAAUGGGAGCCAUCUCUGAUCCGAGUGUUCUGCCCGUGCUGGAGCAGUACCGCAACGACGCCGACGUGAGCGUGCGCGAGACGUGCGAGCUGGCCAUCUCCAAGAUCACCUUUGACAACUCAGCCGAGGGAAAAGCAUUCAAGCAGUCCAAGGCGCAAGCUCAAGCUGCCGAGGAGCAGAGCGGUCGCGGCGGCGUCGAGUCUGCGUUCAAGCCCAUCGACCCCGCACCCGCCAUGACGCCCGCUGCGAGUAAAGAGGCGGCAAAGUCACACGCGGACGGCGUGCAGUACGAUGCUUCCCAGGUGCCCCUCUUCCGCUCCACGCUGCUCGAUACGCGACUCAGCCUGUUCGAACGGUACCGCGCUAUGUUUGCCCUGCGCAACGUCGCGCACGGCGGCGGCGACGGAGCAGUGCAGGCUGUGCUCGCUCUGGCACAGGGCCUGCAGGACGGUUCGGCGCUGUUCAGGCACGAAAUUUGCUUUGUGUUUGGCGAACUCUGCCACCCGGCCAGCAUCCCCAGCAUGCUCCAGGUCCUCGACGACACGAACGAGCACGAAAUGGUCCGCCACGAAGCCGCAGAGGCGCUCGGUGGCAUUGUUGAAGAGGGUGAAGAGAGCGAAGACGCCAACAAGGGCGACUACACGCGCGUGUUGGAGACGCUCAAGAAGUGGGCGUCCGAUAUGGACGCUCCUCGUGUCGUAAGGGAGAGCUGCGUUGUUGCCUUGGACGAGUUGGCCUACAACAACGACCCAACCCAGUUCCACCGUAUCGAGGCUCCUACCGCCACCGCUGCCUGA